UCAGCUCUUUGUAUACUUUUGCUGCUUCUCCUAAGCCAGAGCAAGUAACGUUGUGGAAGUGGGACGUGGAAAGAAGAGUUGUCAGAAGCAGAUGAAUCAAAACAAACUAACAUUUAUACAGCCUUUAUAUCCCUGACAAGCACGGCCACGGCGGGAGUGGGCUUCACCUUAUUAAGCACCAGCGACAGAGGGCGUUAGCUUACGAUCCCGUUAUACGAACGCCCGUCCAGCAGCUUCAUUCGUGGGGGCUCCUGUCCAGCCUUCAUCCCUGGAGCCGGCUGCACCGAGCAGUCAGCUCCCCGGCACGGACCGCGCGACCUGCACGAGGGAGACGCAAACAGCUCGUGCUGGCAUUCCUAGGUCCAGUGCGUGCCCGUGCUGCGAGCUUGUAGAGGUCGGUGGGACCCCCCCUCCCCCAAAGUGGGCGAGGACUAAGCCCGUGACAAAGGGCUCCGUUCGCGCGGCAGCCACGGCACCCUACUGUCUCUGCAGCUCCAGCAAACACGUUAAACAUGGCUGCUUGGGAGCCCUCAGCUACGGGACUUGUUGGAUAAAGCCUCCUCCUCGCACGGAUGCUGACACCAAGGACGGUGCUGCCAGCUGCACGGAUGUACGGGAUUUAGCACUGCUGCAACGCGGGCCAUGAAUUUCAGGUAUACCAGCUGGAUGUUUGCUUUGAGGAAUGUGGAACUCCUGACUCAUCUGUUAUCAUAGCUGCCUAGAGCCUGGGUAAUGAUGUAUUUUAAUUGUAUUUUCCUACUGAAAAAGAGGGAUUAUUUUUUGACGAACUGAAGUAUACUUAAUCCACUCUGAGCAGUGUUAUCAAACCCCGGAGGUGACUGUAUCUGCUUCAAAGCAUGGUACGCUGCAUUGUUUCAGCUAAGAAAACGGUGCACUUCUUGACUUUGUGAUCUAAAAAUUUGGUAAAUAGAAUUCUGCUUUUGGAAACCUUGGGCAGGCUGCCAUCUCGGAAUUAGUUGUAUAUCCACAUAUUUUCCCGUUUCCUCUUAACCAUGGAAUUUCACAUACUUCCCUGCUGGAGUAAUACCCCUUUGGAUUCAGCAUUUUUGGAUCUCAGUCGGUAUUUAUCAUUUUAUGUAUUAUCCUAUCUGGUAUUAUACGCGGAAGUGUCCUUGUGCAGACAUUGCGAGAAAACCCCCUGUUUUUCUGGGCGAUGUGUCAAUGGGACCUGCAUCUGUGAUCAAGGAUGGGUUGGGGAGCAGUGCCAGCAUUGCCAAGGGAGGUUCAAGUUGACAGAAUCCUCUGGAUACCUAACAGAUGGACCAAUAAAUUAUAAAUACAAAACAAAAUGCACAUGGCUAAUAGAGGGAUUUCCAAACGCUGUCUUAAGGUUGAGAUUUAACCAUUUUGCCACAGAAUGUAGCUGGGACCAUAUGUAUAUAUACGACGGAGACUCCAUUUAUGCACCUUUAAUAGCUGUAUUCAGGAUAAAUUCUUGCCCCAACAAUUGCUCAGGCCACGGGAAGUGUACAACAGGGAUCUCUGCUGUCAACAGAGUGUACUGUGAAUGCGAUAAAUAUUGGAAAGGAGAAGCGUGUGAUAUUCCUUACUGCAAAAACAAUUGUGGGAGCCCAGAUAACGGCUACUGUGACUUAACGGGAGAGAAACUGUGUGUCUGUAAUGACAGUUGGCAAGGGCCAGAUUGCUCCUUGACUGUUCCUUCUACUGAAUCGUACUGGAUGCUGCCAAAUGUCAAACCUUUUAGUCCAUCUGUUGGUCGAGCAUCUCAUAAGGCAGUGGUGCACGGUAGAGUUAUGUGGGUAAUCGGUGGCUACUCCUUUAACUACAGCUCAUUCCAAAUGGUUUUAAAUUAUAAUUUAGAAAACAGCAUAUGGAAUGUCGUUCCUGUAGCAAAUGGUCCUCUCCACAGAUAUGGACAAUCUCUUACUCUGCAUCAGGAUGAUGUGUACAUGUAUGGAGGCAAAAUUGAAAGCAAUAAUGGAAAUGUGACUGAUGAACUCUGGGUUUUCAACGUCAUCACUCAAUCGUGGACUGCAAAGACUCCAACACUCCCAAUGCAUGGCCACCAGUAUGCAGUACAAGGUCAUUCUGCUCACACCAUUGAAAUGGACAACGGUGAUGUCAUUAUGGUGGUCAUUUUUGGAUACUCAGCUAUUUAUGGUUACAUCAGCAAUGUGCAGGAAUACAACAUUAGGACUAACCUGUGGACGGUGCCUGAAACCAGGGGUGCAAUUGUACAAGGUGGAUACGGCCACAGCAGUGUCUAUGAUUCCAUGACAAAAUCUGUGUACUUACAUGGCGGAUACAAAGCAUUAACAGGAAAUAAGUAUGGGCUGGUGGAUGAUCUCUACAGAUACGAAGUCAACACCCGGACAUGGAUCAUCUUAAGGGAGAGUGGUCUUGCACGGUACCUUCAUUCAGCUGUUCUUAUCAGUGGAGCUAUAUUGAUCUUUGGAGGAAACACUCAUAACGACACAUCUUUGAGUAAUGGAGCCAAGUGUUUUUCUGCAGAUUUUUUAGCUUAUGACAUAGCUUGUGAUGAAUGGAAAGUUUUACCUAAACCCAACUUACAUCGUGAUGUCAACAGAUUUGGGCAUUCUGCAGUUGUUAGCAAUGGGUCGAUGUUUGUGUUUGGUGGAUUCUCUAGCGUGCUACUGAAUGACAUUCUUGUCUACAAACCUCCCAGCUGUGAAGCAUUCCGAGACCAAGAACAAUGCCUAAGUGCAGGGCCAGGUAUCAGAUGUUUGUGGAAUAAAGAUCACUGCAUGCCUUGGAGUCAGAGUUAUAGGGACAGCAACUUUAUUAGAGCAAAGUGUCCACAGAAAAUAGGUGCCACAGAUGACAGAUGUUUUCGAUUCACAGACUGUGCUGGCUGUACUGCUAACACAAAUGGCUGCCAGUGGUGCGAAGACAAAAAGUGCAUUUCUUUAGCCAGUAACUGUACCUUGUCUGUGAAAAACUAUACAAAAUGUCAUGUGCGAAAUGAACAGAUAUGCGGGAAACUGACAAGCUGCAAAAGUUGUUCUCUCAACCUGAACUGUCAGUGGGAUCAGCGACAGCCAGAGUGCCAAGCCUUACCAGCCCAUCUUUGUGGGGAUGGCUGGAGCCAUGUUGGGGAAUCCUGUAUUCGAAUUAAUGCCACCCGAGAAAAUUAUGAUAACGCAAAGCUGUAUUGCUAUAACUUAAGUGGAAAUCUCGCUUCCCUCACGACACCCAAGGAAGUGGAAUUUGUUCUUGAUGAGCUGCAGAAAUAUACUCGACAGAAAAUAUCACCUUGGGUCGGGCUGCGCAAGAUCAAUAUUUCGUACUGGGGCUGGGAUGAUAUGUCACCUUUUACAAACACUACUUUGCAGUGGUUACCUGGUGAACCAAAUGACUCCGGAUUCUGUGCCUACUUAGAAAGGGCUGAAGUAGCAGGCCUAAAGGCUAAUCCUUGCACAGCCAUGGCAGAUGGUUUAGUCUGUGAAAAACCAGUUGUUAGCCCAAACCAGAAUGCUCGACCAUGCAAAACUCCGUGUUCACUGAGAUCGACUUGUUCUAACUGUACAAGCCAAGGAAUGGAGUGCAUGUGGUGUAGUGGUACCAAGCGUUGUGUCGAUUCAAAUGCAUAUGUCAUCUCUUUUCCAUAUGGGCAGUGCCUCGAAUGGCAGACAACUGCAUGUCCCUCUCAAAACUGCUCUGGUCUUCGAACCUGUGGACAGUGCUUAGAACAGCCAGGUUGUGGUUGGUGCAAUGACCCAAGCAACACUGGAAAAGGACACUGCAUUGAAGGAUCUUACAGAGGCCCAAUGAAACUACUUGGCAAACAAAGUCAAGAAAUGGUACUAGAUGUGUCUCUGUGCCCAAGAGAAAAGCACUACGAAUGGGCAUUUGUUCACUGUCCUGCAUGUCAGUGCAAUGGACACAGUACGUGUGUUAAUGGAAGUGUCUGUGAACAGUGUAAAAAUCUCACUAUGGGCAAACAAUGUGAGUCGUGCCUGGCAGGUUACUAUGGUGAUCCAACUAAUGGCGGGAAAUGUCAGGCAUGUAAAUGCAACGGCCAUGCAAACAUUUGCCAGGCCCAGACAGGAAAAUGCUACUGUACGACAAAAGGAAUCAAAGGUGAUCAGUGCCAACUAUGUGAUUCUGAAAACCGAUACCUUGGCAAUCCACUUCGGGGAACAUGUUACUAUAGCCUUUUGAUUGAUUACCAGUUUACCUUCAGCCUCUUCCAGGAUGACGAUCGUCAUUACACUGCAAUAAAUUUCAUGGCCAAUCCUGAACAGCCCAACAAAAAUCUUGAAAUGUCUAUAAACGCAUCGAACAACUUCAGCCUAAAUAUCACAUGGUCAGUGGGUUCAACAGCAGGGACAAUAUCUGGAGAAGAAAUUCCAAUUGUAUCCAAGUCAAACAUAAAGGAAUACAGAAAUAGCUUUUCAUAUGAAGAAUAUAACUUUCGAUACAAUCUAAACAUUACUUUCUAUGUAUAUGUCUCAAAUUUUUCAUGGCCAACCAAAAUUCAGAUCGCUUUCUCUCAGCACAACAGUAUCAUGGACCUUGUGCAGUUCUUUGUCACUUUUUUCAGCUGCUUUUUGUCUCUACUAUUGGUCGCUGCUGUUGUUUGGAAAAUCAAACAAACCUGUUGGGCAUCUCGACGUAGAGAGCAACUCAUGCGGGAACGACAGCAGAUGGCAAGUCGCCCUUUUGCUUCAGUUGAUGUGGCACUUGAAGUUGGAGCUGAGCAAACAGACAUUCUACGAAUGUCGUUAGAGGGAACUCCAAAACCAAUUGCUAUUGAACCUUGUUCAGGGAGCAAAGCAGCUGUCCUUACUGUAUUUAUAUGUCUCCCAAGAGGAUCAUCUGGCGUGCCAGCACCUGGUCAGUCAGGCCUUGCAAUUGCCAGUGCACUCAUAGACAUUUCACAGCAAAAACCAACAGAAUGCAAAGAAAAGACCUCAGGAGUCAGAAACCGAAAGCAUCAACCUCCAGCACAUCAAGGGACGUGUGUCUGAAACCUGACAAAUGUACUUUUACCUUAAUAUGAGUGUUUUCAUUUAUUUAAAUGGCUUGAAUAGACAGCCAUACAGUGGCCUCGUUUUUUUGUGGAGGCCCAUGAUAAUAGGUUAUACACCCCAUUGUUUUCAUAUGCACAAUCAACGUUACUUAAAACCACUGAACCUGAGGAAGAAAAAGGUGCUUAGCUGUAGCUGAUCUACUGAUGUAGAGUUGAGGUAUAGAAGACUGGAGACUAAGCGGACACCUGAGCCUGUGACAUUCAGCACAAUUAAAAGACGCCAGAAGAGAAGAGCAGCGAAUGACACAUUUUCAGAGAUCAGUUGGCCGCAAGACAACAUUAGAAGGAUUGUUCUGCUGUUGGAAACAUCAUUGGAGGAUGUAACUCACAGUGACUCCUUCAAGUCUGAUAAAGUCUUCAUCAGAGACAUUUUAUGCUAAUAUGUCAAAGGCAGCCACAAUAAAGCAAAAGAAGUUAUAAGAAAAUGGUUCUCAAGUACAAGAAAGUGAACACAUGCAGUGGAGCUACAGUAUAAAGUUACUUACAAGGUUACGCAGAAAUGUAUUGAUAAUGGGCAUCACUAGCCUGGUCCCAUGUUGCGACUAAUUCACUGCUGGCACAAAACCAGCGGAGAGCUGCCAUUCUGUUUUGUAAUAAGGUACAUAUGAUGGGAGUCUUCUCUUCCAUGCCAUCUGUUUGGUUUGUUUUACCAUGUUUACUUUUAUUUGUAAAAUACUAUAAUGAAAACAAAGUAAGUAAUAUACUAUAAAUGCAUCCUAUUCCCAGUUUUGCAGAAUGCAAUGUCAUUUAAUAUGGGACUGAAAAUGUAUUGCUAGAUGUAGCAAAUCCCAGCACCCAUUACUAAUGUGCAGACACAACAUAGGGCAAUGGAGGUAUGAAUACUUGUGUAUGGCAUUUUGGAGUUUUUAUAAAUGUGAAGGACGUAAAGUGUCAUUGAUGUUUACCGAGAUCUACAUUUUCCUUCUGUUUUUCAUAAGGAUAUUGUCAUUACUGUUUACAUUGGGAUACAUUGUUGCAUGCAUAACAAUAGUGCAGUAGCAGUAAUUUAUAAGGAAUAGACUAAAUGUAACAAUGUUGAUAAAUGUAACAAUGUUGAUAAAUGUAACAAUGUUGAUUUCUUGUAGAGCCAGAAUUGGCAGUCAUGCAACAGUUUGAUACAGCACUGUGAAGAGGAAAUUACUGUCUAUGCUAGAUCACAAUAAAAUGAAAAGUAAUUUCAAUUACAUCCGUAUGAGUGGAUAUGCUACACCUACCGUACCUGCUAUGGGCAAACGUGUUCUUUAGCUUUUUGUACGAAUUUGCACGUUUUCCAUUCAUCCGUUUUACGUGAUGAAUGAGCAGGCAUUUAAAAUACCAAAAUAAUAUAUUUAAAGCAUAAAAGGGAGUUGUCCUUUUGAGAAAACCGUUUUGAUUGUUCUUUUAGAUUAUUUAAAACUAAGCUGCACACACACUUCUCAGACUAUCAAAACACGAUUUGUGACCGACCAAUGUAAGCAAUCUUCAGGUCUUCACAGAGACUGUAACAUAAACUGAACUGUAGCUGUUCCAUGUGGAAAGCUGUCUUUAAAAUGUGUUUAAUUGGCAAAUGAAUUGUAUUCUCAGAGAACUCAGUAGCAAGCCAAGUAUUUUAUUUAGAAUCUUCCACACUGAAUAUUGUCUAUAAUCUGGAUAGUUUGUCAGGUGAGACAGAACACAGUGCUUUUUCCAUUAUAAUUGUCAGGAUCAACGUUUAUUUCUUUUGACUUAUAGUAUGCUUUGUUUUUCAUUAUAAAUACUAAGACUUUCACCUGUUACUUGCUUUAAGCAGCUACAUCAACAGUUCCAUACAAUUUCUUGAAAUAUCUGCUGUAACAGAAGUUACUUAAGAAUAAUAUGCAACAUAUUUAAUUUCAAGUUCCAGUGUGGUUUUCAUUUGAAAAUAACACAUAACAUAAUCUGUUUUUAAAUGUGCAACAUAUUUUUUUAUUUAAUUUUAACAUUUGUUAACUAGGUAAAUGGGCUGGACUCUUCCCAACCCCAGCCUAACUGACAAAGUCAAGGUUGGAUACCGUUUGUAGGGAUGGUUUAGUGUACCCAAUCAAGCAACAUGUUUUUGAGGAAGAUGGGAGUGUCCAGGGAAAAUGCUAAUACAUAUGUAAAGAGUACACAAAAGAUCUGCACAAAGAGUAGUCAUACAUCAGGACUGAACCUGAUGCAUUGAAGCUGUGAGGCAAACGUCUUACCACACGAAGAGUAAUCAUACAUCAGGACUGAACCCGAGGCAUUGAAGCUAUGAGGCAAACGUCUUACCACUCAAAGAGUAAUCAUACAUCAGGACUGAACCCGAGGCAUUGAAGCUAUGAGGCAAACGUCUUACCACAUGAAGAGUAAUCAUACAUCAGGACUGAACCCGAGGCACUGAAGCUAUGAGGCAAACGUCUUACCACUCAAAGAGUAAUCAUACAUCAGGACUGAACCCGAGGCAUUGAAGCUAUGAGGCAAACAUCUUACCACUGAAACACUGUCUUGCUUAAAGCUAAAAGGUGCUGAGACUUUCCUCAAGAUAAAAAAAAAGUCAGAAUCUAGUUUGGACAUUUGGUAUUGACACUUAUUUUCUAUUGCAGUUGUUCAUUUUCAUGUGUUUACAUGUUAAUAUCCCAUUUUUUGUCUUGCCUCAUGAAAUGCAUAUCCUUCAUUUAUUUAUUCCAUUUUGAUAUCAUUACAUAAACAGUGACAUUCAGUGUGAUAUCAAAUUGUAAGCUUUAUAAUAUCUGUGUUUAUAUGUAGUUACCAGACAUGCAGUCCACUAACCAUUAAGGAGCCUUGCCCAAAUUUCCAGUUACCUCCAAACAAUGCCUGGUUGAGCAGGCACUUGAAGGCUGAGGGAAUCAAACCCGGCACCACUGGAAGCUGCUCAUUGGCAGCUCAUAGUUUUAGUUCUCUGUGCUGACUGACAGACUGUCAGUCUUCAUUAUUUAUGGAAAAUGUGAGUGUGAAAAGUCAAUAUUGUACUGUACAACCAAACUUACCCUAUUCAUAAAAAGGUCGACGUGUCAUUUUGAACAUACCUUUUUUUAACAAAACCCUUGACACCUCAGUUUGUAUAGCAUAUUGUUAAUAGUGGAACUCUGUCAUUUGCUUGAGGAAUACCCUCAGUUGAUUGCACACUAAACAUAAUGUUUGAACACUCCAAAUAUAAUAUUAGAAAAUAAAUGUAUUGUACCAGCAGUACAAUAAAUUAAUCAGUGUAAUACAGCCAUCCCAAAUCAGUAUUUAGUGCUAUCACAUGCAAGGUUUUGUAUUAAAAUAAUAUUGCUUCUAGUAUGCCCAGUAGGAAUUCUAUUGUCCCCUCUUCUAGUGCUAUAAGGGUAUUAAAUGGCAAGGACCUAAAAGCAUACACACCUCCUUGAUGAAAUGAUGAACCAUGUACAUAUAACAACCAACAUAUUUCUAUUUUAAAUAUGACAUGCCCACUCUUCUGUCCUCAACUUCACUAUGCAUGAGGUCUUCCCUAUGUACUGUAUGUUAGCAGUGCAUGUGUACAAAAUCACCUGAAGACGGAAAACACUGGAUACAAGCUAUGUAAUGCCUUAUCUUGAAAGAUGUUAUUAACAUGUGCAUCCUAACCCUUGAGGGUCCUACACACACACACACACACACACACACACACACACACACACACACACACUAUAUUAAGUGCAAGGAAAUGUUUCUUUUCUCAAGAACACAUGGUUUUAAAGACCAAGUCAUGUAUGUUUAAGGUUCUGUAUGAAAAUUUUUUAAGACAAUCUGUUUGAAUUCAAAUCAGUAAACCAAAUGACCCGUAUAAUAUGUGCAACCUCUUCCAUAAAUCAUGUGAACCUGGGCAGUAAUAGGGGCAAAUUCCAUUCAAUUCCUUGUAAUUUCUUUUGUAGUAUGAAAAUCCUCUUUGUUUGUUCUGAUCUAAUCUGUUCUUCUACAAGCCUGCCAAACAGAGGAUGUUUUCUAGAGUUGAUCUAACAUUUUUCAAGAAUUUGCCCUUGAAGAGAAGAACAUUUCCUUGUACUAAAUGUAUUGUGUAAGGUGUGCCAUAGAGGUGAAGAUAAAUGUAUUAAUAAAAUACUUUUUAAGAAAAAAACAUUUUUGUUGCACUUCCGUUGUUUAUGGGACUUUUUUUGUACAUGUCCUGUUAACAGAUGGUAUUUAGGACAGACCACAUGCAUGUCAGGUUAACAAUACAAGAUCAAUCAAGUGAUAUUAAGAAUGAAACUUUGUUAACUUGUCCUUAAGUGCAUCGUUCACAACUUCAUCAAGGAAAGUGUAGGUUUUUGUAUUGGAUAUGGCUUAUAUUAUUAGACUAGGGAAUAAAUGGCCUAACUGAAUAGACUUGAAGCAAUGCUGCAAUUUAAAUAUAAAGUCUUGCAUUUGAUGGGACUGAACACAGAUUUGGGAUGGUGGUAUUCAAAUGAUUAACUUAUUUCAUUGUCGAAACAGGUUUGUUUUUUACAUUAUUAAAUUUUGGAGAGUUUAAAACUUUAGUGAUUCUAUUACAAUUAUGUAAAGAGCAGUCAGUUGAGAAAAUUUUCCAUGGAAAUUGAUUGGAUGCGGUAUUAAACUACAUAACAGCUGUAUGUGGAAUUCUAGGGAAUCAUGAUUGGGUUUCUGAUCAUAACCUGCUUAUUAUGUGUUUUGACACAUGGAUGCUGAGAAAAUCACCUUGAGAGCAAGUUCAAGAGGUGAAUUGUGGCAUCCAUGUUGUGAACAUGUAAGUUUUGUGAUCAGUGAUCUGAUUAUAAUUUGUUGUAGUGAAUGGAGCAUCAUACCUGUCAGUUUCUUUGCUUAACAGUUCCUGACAAAUACAAAACUAAUAGAGGAGCAAGGGACCAAACUCAGGGGGAGGUUUUACAUAUUGCACUAAUUCACUUAAAAUUUAAUAGAACAGCAAGUUUUGCAUCAGCAUGCAUUUUCAGAACAAUAAGAAGCGUGAAACUGAGUGUCGUUAUCGACUAACUGUAGUCCUCACUGAUUUACCCGAAAGUCAAAGAUUUUGUAAUGGACAGGAAAAAGUAUAAGGCAAAACCAGGGAUAUUCAGUAAAAUCAGGAAGAGUUGAGACAUGCAGCAACCAGAAACAAAAGCCACUCUGGUGGAAGGUAAAAUGGCUUUCAAAGCCAUUAAAUAUUUUGUUCUACUCACACACAUGCGCGUGCACAGACACACCCACGCACACAUGCACGCACGCACACACACACACACACACACACACACACACACACACACACACACACACACACACACACACACCUUGGAUUUGUAGCAGUCAUUUAUCAUCAAAUUCAGGUAUGACCCAGCAUGACCACACAUGGAAUGUUUAUACCCAAAUGAUUAAACAAAUGUCUGAGAUGUUAAAACUAGUUUUGGGGUUUGCUUUCAUUCUUACAUGGAUAGUUAGUUGUGGCUGCUUUGAUAACCACAUGGAGAGUUAAUUGUUAAAAGCCACACAAUCAUAUCAUAGCAUAGAUCAGAUGGUAUGUUCUCUUUGUAAUGGUGAAAGACUCACUGUGCUGUUUACCUACCUCUUGCAAGUGUUUGAAAUGAUUACAAAGGGGACAUAAGGGAGUUUUCACAAGAGAAUUUUUGUAUGGAAAAUGCAGCCAUCCUAAGCUAUAAAAUGAUCUCUGGGUGGCCAUUCUGUCCGUUUUGACUCACUGAAAUUGCUAGACCUUUUCCUUACUAUGUUACAGUUAUACAAACAUGGAAGGAUUGAGAGAUGUAUGCAGGAUAUACAUGCAGUCAUACAUACAUACAUAUUGCCUCCUACAUGUAAUAAACAAAUCCUGAUAGCAGCAGUUCGGUGCAUUAAAGAUGAGCUCCAAGAAACAUUUUUGUUAGAGGUCUGUGGACUAAAUUGGUGCACUGUUGUUCAUCUUAUAGUUCACUCUGAGUUGUUAUAACUUUGAAACUGGUUACAUAAGUGAGGGGUGCAGGUCUUGCAUGGGGCAUAUGGGAGAUUCUCUCCAUAAAAAAAAAAAAAAAAAAAAAGUUACUUUUAAGAUCUGCUUUUCUCAUCUAAAUAAGUUUAAAAUGAUUUAAUUUGCUGAACUAAAUCCCAUGUGGUUAACAUGUUGAUUUUUAUGGCAUUUAAAAGCACUGGUCAUAUUGUAAAAGUACAGCAACUGAUAAUUCAUUCCCAUUUUUAGCAAUUAAGUAAUUACAACUGAGUUUGCAGGCAUCACCUCACUUUUUGGAAGUUAAAAAAUGAAGCAGAUAGUUAACUGGUCUAUGAUUUAAAGUGCUUCUUAAAAGACAUUGUUACCAUUAGAUUAGAUAUGGGGGAUUUCAUUAAACAACUCUUUCUGAAAUGUUAUUCAAGCUAACUUUGUUUAAUUUAAAAUUUGCAUCAAAUUGCACUGAUAUGUGGAGUUUGAAUUGUAUUCUGUAGUAUAAACAGUUUGAAGUAUUGUAUAUUAAGGAAUGAAUGAGUUAGGCCUCAUGUUUUUGUACUUGUGUUUAUUUUAAGCUUGAAUUUGUUGGAGUUUGUCCUUUAUGUUUCUUUAAAGGGACACUGUCAGACUUCUACUUUAUAUGCUACCUGUGUUUGUAGAUGGCCAUAAUCAUCUGGUAUUGAAAUACUUUUUAAUUAAUGGUUUUGUUGUAGUAUUUAAAAAUGGAAUCAUACCUUACAUUUCUCAACACACAGAAAUGUAUUUGUUCCUAGAUUUGAUAAACAGUUACUGAUUGUUUCUGGAUUAUGGACAGUCGACAACAAGGAAACUAUGGCUAAUGUUAAUAGACAUAGAAUAUAAGCAACUCAUGAACUUGAAACCAGUGGUGUUAGCUUGAGUUCAUCAUAACUAUGCAUUCAGCUUUAAAAAGAAAAUAAACCGAUGAAAAAAGUUGCAGUGAAAUGAGGCUCCAUCUGAAGCAAUGUAACUAGUAAAUGUCUUGUCAGUGUCCCUUUAACUUCAUUAAAAUUGUAAUGUUGCUGUUUCUGUAUAAAUACAUCUGACAUUUGUCAGGUGAUUACAGAACAUAUUUUACAAAAAUGUUUAAAUUUAUAUCAAUAAAGACCAGCUUGUCUUUUUUCUUUGUUGAUAUGGAUAUAUGUAUAACAGUUUUGAAGCUUCAAUACAAUAAAACGAACCAUCUCUUAAUAA